AUGGCAGUCAAUAAAGCGGCUGGCUUAUUUCGUUCAUGCUGGCGAUACGACGUUACCACAUCGGCUGGCCGUCGCAUGCAGUCGCUGAAGAUCAUCGGUGUGGCGAUGAUAGCCGUGCUCGGCCUUCUCAUCUUCGUCGCUGAGGAUGUCCGCCAGGCACACAAGAGUAUUAAUUUAGCAAGCGAAAUGGAAGAUAAAUUGCAAUCAAGUCUUCAGGUGGCAUAUCUUAUUCAUCGCUUGCAAAUAGAGCGUGGCCUUACUGUAUUGUGCCUCAGUUCCCGGAGUUCAGGAAAAAUAACGCAAAGCGUUUACGACAAAAUGAACAAUGCCCGAAAAGAAACGGACAAGGCUCUGGAAGAAACGGAGUGGCCAUUCUUGCACCUAUCCAUUGCACCUUUCCUUGCCAGUGCCGACCGUUUUCACGAACAUUUGAAGGUUCAUAGGAAUUAUGUUGGGGAGAACUGUACAAGCGGCGAACCGAACGGUCAAAUUAAGUUCUAUACUCAUCCAAUCAACUUGAUGCUUGAUUGGUUCUUUGACACGAUCAAAAAUACCUCCCAGGAGAUCAACGUGGAUAUGAUUGGAUACUACAUGUUCCUUACCGGGAAGGAUAAAAUUGGCAUAGAACGAGCGCUUGGUGGAUCCUUUUUCGCAAAGGGACAAUUCAACAACACAAACCUUGUGUAUUAUGCAAACCACAGUAUACUCGGAGGAGAAUACUUGAAGUCGAGUGGAAUGUUAAUGCCCGAGAUUAGUAUGGAGUUAGAUCAAAAUGUAAACGACGACCUGGUAGCUUCGAUUGAGAAAAACCGAAGUGUAAUUUUCACAAACAAAGCCAGCAAUGGGUCAGCACAAAAAGGCGAAGAUUGGUUCGAUCUCAUGACGAAGUACCUUAACAAGUUGUUCAAGGUACAAAAUAAUGCAGGUGACAUCCUCAGAAAACGCCUGGAAGACACAAAGAAAUCUAAAAAGUCAGACUUGGCCAUGCGAUUGUCGUUUCUUAUUUUUGCGUUCCUUUUGAUUCCCUUCCUGGUAAUUUCCGUUUACCGAAUGACCGGGACGAUUCAAAACUACACAUUCAAGCUGGCACAAAAGACCUUGGAGCUACAAGAAGAGAAAAGGCGAGCAGAUACACUCCUUUACCAAAUGUUUCCUCAUUCUGUCGCUGAGAUGCUUAAGAAAAAGCAGCAAGUUCCAGCCGAGUACUUUAAAAGUGUCACAAUAUUCUUUAGUGACAUCGUCGGCUUUACGGAGAUGUGUUCUGUCAUGACUCCUUUACAGGUACGAGUUUAAAUAAUCAUUUUAACGCUCAAUAGAAUUUGGGAGAUUUUUCUCCUUCUAAGGAAGGGUGCUUCCAUUACUGAAUGGGCAGAAAAGACUUUGUAAGGAGGGAAGCUACUUCUGUAUGGCUACAAUCCCUCAAAAAAACUACGAGAUGAAAGUCUCUUAUUGCUCUUAGGAUAAAGCAAAUCUAGAUACAAUGCUUAGCUUGCUAGAACCGAGUACUGACGAGGGUCCAUACUGACGAAAAAUUAUAUAUCGAUUUAGGUAACAGGCAUGCUAGACGCCGUGUAUGGUGUUUUUGAUGAGCGCAUCAAUACUUAUGACGUAUAUAAAGUGGAGACCAUUGGUGAUGCAUACAUGGUGGCAUCUGGGCUUCCCGAACGGAAUGGCAUUCAACACGUUGACCAAAUAGCUCGCAUGGCGCUUGAUUUGCUUACGGCAGUGGAUGAAAUGGAGCUGCCACAGUUCUUUACAGGAAAAAUCACAGUGCGGAUUGGAAUAAAUACUGGUAAGUACAGGUUAAAAUAUGUUUCGUUUUGGUAAAUAUACAGAAACUUACAGUUAAAAUGAUUUCCUAGAAAAUAGAGAUAAUGCAUAGGUGCGCGUAGAGAUGGAAUUUAUCUUCGAGUGUUAAACUCGAUAGCUCACAAGUGAGCGCAGCGAACGAGUGAGAUGUCGAGUCGAACACGAGAAGAGAUAGUUCAUGUCUACAAGCAACCAAGUAUUGUUUAUUUAUCAUAAACGCGCAAAAGCCCCUUGCUGACAAGAAAAGUCGACUUUGUUAAUGAAUGAAAAGGAUCGACAAUCGCCGAAUUAAAAUCGAAAAGUGCGCUGGCUCACUCAAGAUGAAAACAUGCGUUGAAUCACUACAAAAACAAAAUUCUGAGUUAUUGACUUGGUCCUUACCGACAGAAGAAAUCUUUCAGGUACGCGGCUAAAAUUGGCUUAUGACAAAUCUGCUAGUCGUCGAUUUUUUUCCUUAACCAAAGCCACUGAAUGCAUAACUUUCGGUUUUUUUCUUUAAGUAUUUCGGCUUUCUUCCCCUUCUAGGAAAGUUUAAACGUCACUCUCUGUAAGCGAUACGGGCUUUUCAGUGUUUUAGGAGCCAAAAUCCGAAAAAAUCCGACAAACGACCUUAGUCAUCAACCUGACCGAGUGGCGCGAAAGGCGAGUGACGUGUCCUGUUUCAAAAACUACAAUGAAAAAGAUAGGGAGCUGUGCUUGCUUAAGAGAUAUGAUAAGUCAAUCUUUCCCCAUUUAUGCCUGUACUGGUACUUAUCACGCGGGUCAUUUCAUCGGUUCACGUUACUUUUUUUGGAAUCAAGUGUUUUUACGUAAAACUUGAUAGGUAGGAAGUCUCGAGUGUGUAGAAUAAGUAACACACAAUUAAUUUUGUGAACAAUCACGCGAUCAAAACAUCUCUCGAAUCGUUGCUUUUAAGUUCAUAAUUUGCAUCCUCGAGCCUCGUGCAUGAUUUUAGCCAUAUCUUUUUUCCCUCUAGUAAUUUUUAAAUUUACCUAAUUAAAAGGGGAUAAUAUGCACACCAAACUCAUGCGAUAAAAAAUAUAGGCCACCGUGCUCGUUCAAGAGCAAAAAAAUAUUUUACUUGUUUACUCCGUUCAUUGAUUGAAAAACAAUACCAUGAUCUCGGAAAGUGCGCGCUAUUACUCUCCUAAUGAUGUGAUUUUGAUGCGCAGCACAGGAUGUGCAGAGCAAUGCUGAGAAAGCCGCUUUAUUUCUCAUUGGCUGCUCGGAAGUAAUUAAUAGCACUGUUUGCUGUGUUUAUGCUAUACACAAAUGGCUAACAUCGUGUCGUAUCGAAUGCUUCCGUCUAGGACCAUGCGUCGCUGGUGUUGUUGGCACCAAAAUGCCUCGAUAUUGUUUGUUUGGUGAUACGGUGAACACUGCUUCACGAAUGCAAACCACGGGAGAACGUAAGUAACUCGAAUCAGUGGCGGAAUAAAGUGAGGAAAGUAAGGAAUGGCGCUUUUCUUCACACACUUUUUUUUUUUAUCAAACUGCUGAUUUAAGUAAAGUUGUCAUGAAUUAGUUGCUUUUCAGUACGUGAGCCUCUGUCGCGCAAUGAACUUGUAUCACAUCUUUUUCGUUCUCUACCUGAGCAUGCGCAGGCUGGGUGGAAUAGCAUCUAUUCGUAGUGGACAUGCAGCAUCAAGUCUUCAGUUCUCAGGCUGAAAGCUAAUUCGAUAACAUUCAUUUGGAAUAACUGAGAUGACAAAUUUGACGAAUCAAGGAAGGAGUUUUGUCACGAGCGUGGGACAAAAACAGGUUCUGAGUCUUCAUAAGAAAAAGAACCUUAGACUUUCGGAUGUCACGCAUCGAUUCUCUACCACUGAGUUACAGACUGAGACUGAGUUAAGCAAAUAUUAGGCUCAUGUGCAACUGGCUGUUGUUACACUUAGGUGCAGUCAACGAGGCUCGUUGUCUUAUCAUUCAGUUGAACUUUUUAACAAUGAUUCGUUAAAUGCAGAUCACUCGUGUGAGUGUUGUAGUUUACAGGAAUUUGGAGGACUUUGUCGAGAGUUUGGAGAGCGCCAAUAUGUUAGUUUAUGUAUCCAAAAGAAUUAGGCUGCAGCUGCAAUUUUCUUUCUUUAGGUUAAGAGUGAGUUACCUCUUGGCUUGUUCAUUUUCUUUUCUUAGCUCAAAAAAUACAUAUAACAGAAUACACCAAAGACAUUUUGGACCAGCUUGGGUGCUACGAAGCCGAAUUCAGGACCUAUUUAGAGGUUAAGGUACAUGUAACUUUGUUGCUCUUGUAGGCCUCACCACUUAAAAAAUGGUUUAUCCUAGGAAGGUUUAAUGUUUCCUAUACAAACUAUUUUCAUUAGUUCAAAAUACCCGUGAACCAAGCGCUAAAACCAUAUCUUGAAUUAGAAUAUCAGUUAAUCAAUACCCUGAUAACAGAAGCUUUUUCAAUUUCAUAAGUAAUUCUUAGUUUACAUUUCUACUUUUUCUGGCGCAGGGCAAGGGAAAGAUGCGUACAUACUGGCUGAAGGCUGUCGCAGAGGAUAUUACCCAGUAAACGCCGACUUAUUUUUCUCUGUCGUAUGAAUGCAAUAUUCAUGUUUAAAUCUGUUAAAAACUUUCCUAGAAGGUAGGACUCUCCAAUUUUGUAACGGGCACUGUACUAGGGGAUACAUUCAGUUUUGAUCUACAGCUACAUUCAUGAGGUACGAAAACAGAUGUGAAUGUUUCUCGCAUGUUCAUUUUCGCAGCCAGUAUAGCUGGUAAAGUUUUAUUUCGUCAGCUCCACAUUUCUCUAAUUUUUAAGAAAAUCGUUUGAAAUUGACUAAAUUUCGUGAACAGUUUUAAAAGGCAAUGUUGCUUGUAAUAUUUAAAUGCUUCACUCCAUAGCUAAUACGAAGAAAAAAUUCAAACGUUUCAGCAAUUUGAGAUCUAACUAACACUUCUAAAUUAUACCCAGUAUACUUUUAUAAUGCACGGCUCCUUAGCGGGAACUUACGGACGAGAGCGUAUUCUUGCAAUUGUAAGAGACUGAAGUCUGUUAUCUUAAAAAGAAAACGGAAAUGUCGACCCGUACCUAUUAAAAAAAUUAACUAAGUAUGAAUAGAGAGUCAUUAAAAUAGCUUUUUGAUGUGUAAGUUUUACCCUUAAUGCUGCUCUACGUGGUUGAUAUAAAACAGAGAGCAAUACCAUACCUCACCUUGUUAAGCAUUUCUUAAUAGUCAAUUUGAAUACACAACCUCACUACAACUUAUUUCGUCGUACUAUUCCACUUUCCGUAUUCAUUCAUUUACUAUGGAUUCAAUAUCUUUUAAUAGAGAGUAGC